AGACACUACGCCGCCUCGAAAGGCCACGUCUCGAUUGGCCGCCUCUUGAUCGAGCGAGGCGCAGACAUCAACACGCGUGACAAGGCCAACCAGCUUCCCUUGCACCGCGCCGCAACGACCGGCACCCUCCCCUUUGUGCACCUCAUCCUCGCGUCUCGCUCGCCGACAAAGCCCGAGAAGCCGCGCGUCAACCUCUCGGACCGCGCCGGCCACACGCCUUUGCACCUCGCCGUCGAGUCGGGCCACGCCGAGGUCGCCGUCGCGCUCGUCGAGGCGGGCGCCGACCGCGACAAGGGCGACGCGGAUGGGAUCCGGCCCGAGGACAUGGACGGCGUCGGCGGGACCGAGGCCAAGAAGGUGCGCGAGUAC